AUGCAAGACGUCAUGGGCUGCGCUAUGAGGAAUCUCACGCUUAGGCAAGGCGGUACCAAAGGGCAAGGUAGAGGCAUGGGCAACGCCACUACUUGGGCUGGAGGCUACGCCGACGCAAGAGGAUACCUAGGCGACGUCGUUGGCGCAGGCGACGUCGUUGGCGCAGGCGACGCCAUUGCUGCAGGUGUUGGCGCAAACAAGGAGUUGGAUGACAGAACUGGGGAGCUAGACACCAACAAGCAGCUGCCUAACAUCGGCGUGCUGAGUAGUGAAGGCAGAGUCCUAGGCUUUUCUAGGGAGGGAGAGUCCGCCCAAUCUAAUAAGGGUACGAUGGUGAACUCUAACAAGUCUCUCAAUGAGGGAAGGGAGCUAAUGAUAGUGAUGGCUCGAAGAUAA